AGCUAUAUGCUCAUCCAUUUUUUUGUAUUUCUCCAACAGGCUUAUGAAUACUAUUCAAAGAUACGCUCUCAUAACCUUGAUACAUCUAGUGAAAGAUUUAAAAGGGUGCAUGGAACUGAUGGACGGGGAAUAUAUGUUGACCAAAAGUUCAGGAAGAAGACAGUUUUGCCGAUUCCUGAAUAUUCUGUUUCAGCACGGAACUCGCAAGGAGAAGAGGAUGAAGGUCCAGCAAGAGAAAUGUUAUUUAACAGUAGAGACAACGAUAAGCCUCUGGCAAAACGUAGUGGGAAAAUGAUAAUUGACCAUGUAUCUAACCAAUGCCCUAAUAGAGGAAGAAUUAUUGGAGAUCAAGCUGAGCAAUGGUCGAAAUUUUUUUUUUGAAGGAAUUGAAGCAAGCUUCGAGGUUUCUGAAGUUCAGCACUCUGAAUUCAAGCCUUCAUCUGUACAUUAUCACGAUGUCAGGGAAAAAGAAAUAUCUAGAAGUGUCAAAAAGGACGAUUUAUUUAGUCGAGAUGGGAGAAUGCUUGAUGAAGGCUUUAAUCAAGGUCAACUGAAGAUUCCCGGUAAUUUUGAAACAAUGGAUGUUAAGAGGAUUAGCAAUUACAUGUCUAGUCCAGAGUUUGCAAGGAAUGUCCAAUUGAUAGGAAUACAGACAAUUCAUCAAGGGGGAAGGUCUGCUGUUGAGACAACAUCUAGUUCAAGCGAAGACGAUGAUUCAAGUACUGAAAGCAGUUCUUUUGAGGAAUAAGAGACUAGCAGGUGAUUGUAGAAAUGUUUAACCGGCUCCUGAAUAGCCGUUGCAUGUGUACAUUGUCAGGUAGUCAUUAACUCCCGUUUAUUUGUUUGUCAAUCAAAUGCUUGUUGACUAUGCACAGUUAGGCGGGGAGGGGGCGUGGGGUUAGUUUGAUUUGUUAAUUAGAAGAGCUGUUUGUGGUUGGUUUUGUUUUCACGAACCUCAGUCACCCCACUACAUUCCGACACAAAUAACACUAGGCCACUAGCGGUUGAUUUGGUUUUCAUCCGGUUGAGCGCAAGAUAUAUCUCUGCCUUUUCAUCAAGGAUUUCUUCCCUCUGAAUAUGAAUUGACAUAUUUUCAUUGAUCAGGUCAUUUUGUUGCUCAUUUUGAUUAUUCUAAAGCAUCACUUUGGAAUCACUCAAGAGUCUUUCAAAAAAAUAUCUUUACAAAACUUGCAAGGUUUUGUAAAGAUGUUCUCCGAAGAGUACUGAGUCUCGCCGCCAUUAACCCCAAUCCAAAGCGAUGCUUUAGCAAGUAGCAACUAUCAAAAUGAACAACAAAGUGACCUGGAGCAAAUCCUCAAGUCCGUGAAAAAGAUCAAUGAGGAUUCAGAUGGGGAAAGUCUCCAAAGAAAAGGUGAAAGAUAUUUCUCUGUGUUUUACCGGUUGAAAACCAAAGCAACCGCUAGUGGCCAAGUAUUAUUUGGGUCGGAGUGUAAGGGUGUGGCUGAAGUUGGUGCAAAGACUGAAUAUGUUAAGGUAGU